GAUGAUUUAUCCAUAUGUAAUUUCACCCAACCAUUUCCAGUGCUCAGUCACAGACAGACCGCGCUCUGCGUAAGUCCUUCCUUGCCCAUAUUCCUACGACACGUGGGACAGUUGUAUAUCCCUCUGGGACUAAUUUAUCACUAGCUGCUGACGAACUUGCCCUUCUUAAAUCGAAAUGGAUUCUGAAACUGUAGAAACAGGUGUCAACGCCGAGAACGCGCCAGCCGAGGCGCCGUCGGUGCCGGAAGUAGGAGUGAACGGCGACCUGGGCAGGGGUGAGCCCGACGGCCUGAGCGAGCCAGACCGGGCCGGCGAAUCCAGCGUCCCCGACGGAGUGGUCACCUGUUCCGAGCCCGAAUCACCCAGGAUAGAAGACGAGCCCGACCCGAAAGAAAAACGUGAGAUGAUCAUCACGGAACUGAAGACAGGACAGCCCAGAGCGAGUUUGAAAAAGUAUCAGAAACCGUCAAAUACAUUUGUGGUGGGACCUUGAAACCUAGACGUGCCAAGCGGUAGUGACAGAGCAGCAAACGGACCUUACCUCGCCUUAUCACAUUGAUAAACCACAAACAGAGACAACAGACAUGUACAGCACUGGUCGAGAACGACUCAAGCCGGAUAUAGGAUAGAAUCUGAUGUUUACUGUAACUAACUUUAGAACAAAAGUACACUUUGGUUCGAGUAAGCAAUAUGAUAUGGGUGAAGAACAGAAGGGUAUUUUUCAGUACGGGCAUAAGUAUUUGUUGGUAACAUGUAUAUAGGAAUUCUCGAUUUGCUUGUGGAUUUUUAAUUUAGCUUAAACUGCAGUAUGCAAACCUCAAUGUGCAUGUACGCAUUGCUAUUGUUUUAGUUAUGCCAAGUCUUGUAUCUGUUAAGGCCAAAACAGAUGUGGUCUUUAUCAUGUGACAUUCAGCUAAUCUUGCCAACUCCUGCAUAGUUUCAAACAUUUAAACUUAAUGUCACCUAUCCUGCAUUGAAUUUUGUUUAAUAUGUAAAUGUCUAUUAAUACACUGUCUAGUAUAUGGAAAAGUGAAAUACAGCUCUGUCAUUAGCUACUGUGUAAGACUGUAAGUUGACAAGAAGUGCAUAUAAGACAACUGAAUCCAAAGGAAUAAGUGUGGGAAAAUGCCACAAAUGAGCACGUAAAGCUAACUUGUAACUAGACAGCAUAAACAUUUCAACAUCACAUUAUUGACUCACUUGGCUAUGUACUAUUUAUCUUGCCCUUGCCUGGUCCGAGAGUCCAAAGUUGUGUACACAUUUAUGCUCUGCAGUAUAUGAACUUGAAGAUAUACAUUGGUCGCAUUUUCCCUAAAUCUAUGUUACACUGGAAGAUAUGCAGAUCUGUCAAAGUGAAAUAAUUGUUUUUCUAAUGCACUAGAGGAAAUAUCAACAAGCAGCAUCAUAUGUCACUGCAUACAAUGGAGAUGAAAUCAUUUAAAAAGUCUAUGAACAAAGCUAGUGGUAUUGCCAUCUAUUGUGGCAUUAGAAAACAUACUAGAAUACCAAUGAAUGGUCACCUGAAUAUCCAAAGAAGGCUGUACAUUGGGGGAGUGUGCAUUGUUCUAUGUGUACAUGGAUGUACAUAGUGCAACUACUAUUCUAGCAGAGGUUACAAAACAUUAAAACUCAUAAUGCAAGAAGUUCUAGUUCUAGGUAAUGCAAAGUAAAGACAACCAUAAACAGAAGUAGAUCUAAUGUAUUUUCUCAGAUGCUGUAUGUAUUUAUGACAGGGUCCAUUGUAACAUUUACAAGUGUGUCAAGUCUUUUGUUUUGUAAUCACCUGGAUGAUAGAUGAUUCUACAGUUAAUUUCACUAAAAAAGGAACCAUGACUCCACUACUGAUGCUAUACUGGGGAAAUGCUGUAGUCCAUGCUUAUGCUUAACUUAUACUCUAUUGAGUAAGGUAUAAGAAUAUGUGGGUUACUGGGUAAUAUGUAAGUUAUUCUGUCAUCAAAUAAAUAUGUUACAUUCUCA